UACGCAUCCAAGUUCAGUGUUGCCAAAACGUUAAACGUAAAUGGACGUGUUAUAUAAUAUAAUAGAGAACGUGAAGCGCGCGUUUUUAAAUCGAAUUUAAUUUUUCGUAUUUGUGAAUUAAAUACUUUUUUUUGUGUCGUGAAUUGUUCUAUAGUGAUUUUGUUUUAUGCCAAUAUUUUUGGAGGGCUGUACUUAAAUUGAUACGAUAAAAAUGCCUGCGUACGAUAAUGAGGGGGCAACGAUAUCUAUGGAGGAUGUGCGUAAUCCAGACCAAUCUAACACAGUCAGUACCAUAGAGGAUGACUUAGCCAUUAAAAGGCUUAGACGGCUGAGGCCACAGAAAUCUACUAUAUCCUCCAGACGACAGCAGGCGGUAUGCGUUCGUAGAGCAUACAAAAAGUAUGGGACAUCGAAAAACCCUAACGUAAUAUUGGACGGUUUAAACAUGACUGUCCCUAAAGGAGCUAUAUACGGACUUCUUGGUGCUUCGGGUUGUGGGAAAACUACACUACUCUCCUGCAUAGUCGGUAGACGGAGACUUAACUCUGGUGAGAUAUGGGUGCUAGGUGGAAAGCCUGGCAGUCCUGGCAGCGGUGUACCAGGUCCAAGGAUAGGGUACAUGCCUCAAGAAAUAGCACUGUUCGGCGAGUUUACGAUAAAAGAAACAAUGACGUAUUUCGGUUGGAUUGCCGGAAUGUCAACGAACGAAGUGGAAAAACGAAUAGAUGUGAUGAUCUCAUUGCUGCAGCUGCCUGAUGCAGCCAGGUACGUGAAAAACCUAUCAGGGGGGCAGCAACGUCGCGUAUCGUUAGCGUCAGCCCUAAUCCAUGAUCCCGAAUUGCUGAUCCUCGAUGAACCGACAGUGGGUGUGGAUCCCGUUUUACGACAAAGUAUCUGGGACCAUCUUGUGGAGAUAACCAGAGGCGGUCGUACCACCGUCAUCAUAACUACUCACUACAUCGACGAGACUAAGCAGGCCAAUAUUAUUGGACUGAUGCGAGGAGGUAGAUUUUUAGCUGAAGAGUCACCAUCGGAACUCAUCCGUCGCUAUCAGGGGGAGAGUCUUGAAGACGUGUUCCUAAAGCUAGCAGUUCUACAAAACAGAGGCAAGAGAAGACGUUCCAGUAUCCUGGCUGAUGUGGUGGAUAAAGUGGAACUUCCUGGGAUACCAAAUCCAGCCGUAGACUUAGAAGAAAGUGAGAUGGGCGAGAUCUCCGGAGAAUUCGGCGAUAACGUGUCCAUGAGCAGCAAAGGUCGUGUAGUGGUAACUCCAGAACUGACACCAGCCGACGCCCUGCCCCCUGACGAGGAGCCUGCUCUGAACCGCUUGGAGAGAAUCAAGCCAAUGAAGUGGCAUCAUAUGAAGGCUCUCAUUUGGAAGAAUACGUUGAGCCUUGUGAGAAAUUUUGGAGUACUCGCUUUCAUUAUUGGUCUGCCGGUUAUACAAAUGACUCUGUUCUGUCUCGCUGUUGGUCAUUACCCUGUUGGACUACCGAUUGCCGUCGUUGACUACGAAACGAAUAGCAAUAUGACACUGUGUGACUACAACAUGGACGCAUGUCCACAGGACAAGGAAUCUUAUGAAUGGAAUCUGACGUUGUUCAGUUGUCGUUAUUUGGAAGCUUUGAAGAAACGGCAGAGCAAUUUGAUAUAUUAUCCAACAGAAGAAUCUGCAAUGAGUGACGCGCGUAAAGGAAACGCCAAAAUUGUAAUUGUCAUACCCAAGAACUUUACUGAGAGUCUACAGGACAGAAUGACGGAUCCUCGGCAUGCUGACUCUUUCACCAUAGACAACUCUGUCAUAGAUGUACACUUGGACGAUACGAAUAAGCAAAUGGAAUGGAUACUAUCGAAAGAUCUUAGUUUGGCAUUCGCUGAAACCGUGGAUCGUUUGGCCGAGGUCUGCCAAUUACCAUCGAGGAUAUUUUCGCUGCCUGUUCAUUUCCACGAUCCCAUAUACGGUGUUACGGACUCAGAUUUUACAGAUUUCGCUGCGCCCGGAGUUAUAUUGACAAUUAUUUACUUCUUGGCUGUGGCUUUGACAUCAGGCGCCAUGUUAGCUGAACGAAACGAGGGUAUACUUGAGAGGUCUCUUGUCUCUGGUAUUACUGGUACUGAGAUACUAUUCUCUCACGUGACUGUGCAAAUUUUCGUGAUGGCAAUCCAGUCUAUCAUGGUGAUGUUGAUCAGCUUCGCUCUAUUUGGACUCAGUCAGAAUGGACCUCUCGGUUGGAUCUCAUUACUGGUCAUUAUGACUGGUCUAUGCGGGAUGACUUUUGGUUUCUUAGUUUCUUGUUUAUGUGACACUGACAGAACAGCGACUUACAUGGCAUUGGGAUCUUUUCUGCCCAUGGUUCUUUUAUGUGGCAUCAUCUGGCCAAUAGAAGCAAUGCAUAUACUUUUGCAAUGGAUCAGCUUCUUCCUGCCACUCACUAAAUCGACAGAAUCUCUCCGUUCCAUGCUUCAACGUGGGUGGUCCAUAGAAAUUCCAUCAGUUUACUCUGGAUUCAUUUCUACAAGUAUAUGGAUCGUGGUAUAUUUGACAACGAGUAUCUUGCUUCUUAAGUUCAAGAAAGGGUGAUAAUCUUAUAUAUAAAUAUUCUUUUUUAAUCCAAAGUGAAAGACAUUACUUUCAAUUUUAAUAGGGACUUUAAUCUUUUAUUUUAAUUAUUAAAUUUAUUACAAAUAAUGGAGCCGAUUAUAAAAUUACAUUCUGUAUGUUGUAUAUUUCUAAUAAAACUUAAUGAGACGUACAUUUAAUAUAGUGACUGUUUAAGAACAAAUAUUUAUUAAAAUUGUGAGUUUUUAAAGUUGACAUUUUAGAAUCGGAUCCUAUGCGUGGUUACGUAAAGCUACAAGAUAUAAUAAUAAUUUACUAUUAUAAAUACAUAUUACAAUUUAAGCUUACUAAAGUGACGACGUAAAUAUUGA